GUUGUGAUUUGGAUUCUUGAACACAGAGUAAACAGGGAGUUUAGAGGAGGGCCUCAUUCUAUGUAUCAGUGGGGCACGAUGCUUUCGUUCUCCUUCUCAAUGCUUGUUUUCGCACAUAAGGAGAGGGUGUUAAGCAAUUUGGGUAGAUUCGUAAUGGGCAUCUGGCUUUUUGUUGUGUUAAUUCUCACACAAAGUUACACAGCAAAUUUGGCAUCCAUAUUGACGAUUCAACGAUCGGAUCGCACCUACAACGAUGUCAACCAACUCAUCAGACAUGGGUACAAUGUAGGUUACCAGGAAGGUUCAUUUGUUUUUGGAAUGUUGAAGCGCAUGGGUUUUGAUGAGUCUAAUUUGAAAAGCUACAAAUCCCCUAGAGAAUUUGAUGAAUCAUUCUCGAAAGGGAGAAGUGAAGGCGGCAUUGUUGCUGCUUUCGAGGAGCUACCUUUUAUUGAACUCAUCCUUGCAGAAUAUUGCGAUAAAUACAUGAUGGUGGGAGAUAUAUAUCCAUACGACGGAUUAGGUUUUGUUUUCCCGAAAGGUUCUCCCUUGUGUCCUGAUAUUUCAAGAACAAUUUUAAGCACAAGAGAGGAAGGAAGAACGGAAGAUUUUAAAAAACGUUGGUUUAAGGGCGAAAGAAAAUCUUGUGAUGACGACAAGGACCCCUAUGGUUCAUCAAAUAGUCUUACUCUUGGUAGCUUUUGGAUCUUGUUCAUAAUUACAGGAAUCUGUUCAGCCUUGGCAAUCAUUGCAUUUUUGACUGUAUUCAUUUACGAAAACAAACAAAUCUUGAUAGAUCCAAGUACUACUACUCGUAACAAAAUCCUCAACUUGCUUAAAAGGUUCCGUGAACACAAUGCAAAUCGCUUGAUCACAUAUUUUGAGCAUCCUGCAUGUAGUGAACAGAAUAAAGUUGUUGACAAUAGAGUUCAUGCAACAGAAAUCAACAUAGAUGCUGUAGAUUCGCUUCCACGGGUUCAUGCAUCUCCGAUGGCUGGAAAUGUUAGCGCACUGAAUGACAACUCUAAUGCAGAAAUGGGAGACUAUACAACACUUGGUGCUGAUUACAAUAUAGCAAUUCUAACAAUCAUCACUGCAUUACCAUUUAUGUGA